UAAACCUGAUGCACUACCUUGUCAGGGAACAUUGCGACAAGGGUGAACCUAAAACAUGUGUUAUCUUUAUAAACAAGAACGGUCACAUUCUUAAACACCUACUACUAGGGAGUCUUAAUAAGUCAGUCAACUAAGUUACAACGAGUGUCAGUUGCCUCCAUUUCAGAUGAUUUUGUACUCGACUAGAACACAGGGUGUCACAGUUUGUAUGUUUUGGUUAGAUCUGAACGUUAGUAAUGGACAGUUCCAACGAUUUCAGUUCGACCACCCAUUCUGAAGACUAGUGAAAAGCUACAGUCAUGAUGAGGAGCACUGCACUGUUCCGUCUCCUGUCCGUCUCAGGACUGUGUUACCUGACUCUGAGUAUCUCCCCUCCUCAGUAUCACUAUAUUAGCCUUCAAAUGAAUUAUUGCCAAGCCCAGACUUACUGUAGAGACAUUUACACUGACUUGGCAAACAUCUACAACUCAGGGGAUCUGGAUAGACUUGUACAAUUGGUACCGAAUGGUACAGCCAGUGUCUGGAUAGGACUGGAGUUUGGAGAUGAAUUUGAGUGGCACUGGUCAUUACCAGAUCAGAGAAAGAUUGAGUUUUUCAACUGGAGGGCAGCAGAGCCGAAGCAAAACAAUACUCAAGACAGCUGUGCUGCAAUGGAUCCAAACGGACAGUGGUUUGAGGAUAACUGCCAAAUCAAAAGAGGUUUUGUUUGCUUUGAUGGGAAAAACGCUAGUAACAGUCACAUCUUCAUUGAUGACAGCAAGACUUGGAGAGAGGCUCAAGACCACUGCCGGGGUACGUACACAGACCUGGCCAGCAUACGGUCCAGAGAGGAAAACCAUCACGUCCAGAACAUGUCACUGUCCCAGAGCAUGUGGAUUGGUCUCUUCAAAGACCCAUGGAAGUGGUCAGAUGGGAGCAACUCCUCAUACCGCUUCUGGAAGACCAAUCAGCCUGACAACUUCAGAGGGGCCCAGAACUGUACUUCUGUUAUACUCAACGAUAACAAGUGGAAUGACCAGUGGUGCAACAUCAGUUGGGGGUUUGUCUGCCAUGGUGAAAUGAAGCGACCAACUACCCAGAUGACACCUACAACCACACAUACUGGGCCACAAACAACUCCUCCCGCAGCUACUGUGCUUGCCACUGCUGAACAGUCAACUACAGAUGAAGUAACACCUAAGCUAACAACUACCCAUUUUGUGCAGAUCCAACAUAUUCUUUUAGAUCUUUUACCAACCUCUGACCAAGCGACUACUGUAGGCUUACCUGUUCAAAACACUCCAUCUACACCAGUACCAACUACAUUCACUACCACAGACCAAGGUUCAAUUGAACAGUUAACUACAAAAUACCUAACUACCAAACAUGGAACUACUGUUAAAAAACCAACUACAUUCAAUACCACAGUAAAUGUUACUAAACAGUUGACUACUGAACUCCUAACGUCUGACCCACUGACUACUGUACCUGUUCAAAGCAAUAUCUCUAUAUCUGUACCAGCUUCAUUGAUUUCCACAGAACAUGUUUCAUCUGAACAGUUAGCUAAUGAACACCUAACCUCUGACCCAGCAACUACUGUACCUGUUCAAAGCAAUAUCUCAAUGCCUGUACCAGCUACAUUAACUAGAGAGCAAGCAACUACUGGUUACAUACCUACAAGCGCUACUUUCAAUACCACAGUGCAUGGUUCUACUGAACACACAACCUCUGAUCAAGCAAUUACUGAACCUGUUCAAAACACUCCUACAUCUGUACCAGUAAUAUUCACUACCACAGACCAAGUGACUACUAGUUACAUACCUACAAGUACCUCGACUGCACCUGUCCAAAAUACUCCCUCAUCGUCUGUACAAACUACAUUCAACACCACAGAACAUACUUCACCAGAACAGUUAACUACUGAACUCCUAACCUCUGACCCACUGACUACUGUACCUGUUCAAAAACCAACUACAUCCAAUACCACAGUGCGUGUUUCUACUGAAGAGGCAACUCCUGAACGCUCAACCGCUAACCAAGCCACUACUGCUUACUUACCUGAAACAACUGUACCUGUUGGAAACACUCCCUCAACACCAGUACCAACUGCGUUCAAUACCACAGUGCAUGUUUCUACUGAACUCCUAACCUCUGACCCACUGACUACUGUACCUGUUCAAAGCAUUAUCUCAUCGUCUGCACCAACUACCACAGAACAUGCUUCAACUGAAAUGUUAACUACUGGAUACUCAACUAGAGAGGAAGCAACUACUGGUUACUUACCUACAAGUGCUUCUGCUUCAAACGUCCAAAACAGUCCCUCAACACCAGUACCAACCCCAUUCAAUACCACAGAACAUGCUUCAACUGAACAGUUAACUACUGAACACCUAACCUCUGACCCACUGACUACUGUACCUGUUCAAAGCAUUAUCUCAUCGUCUGCACCAACUACCACAGAACAUGCUUCAACUGAAUUGUUAACUACUGGAUACUCAACUAGAGAGGAAGCAACUACUGGUUACUUACCUACAAGUGCUUCUGCUUCAAACGUCCAAAACAGUCCCUCAACACCAGUACCAACCCCAUUCAAUACCACAGAAUAUGCUUCAACUGAACAGUUAACUACUGAACACCUAACCUCUGACCCACUGACUACUGUACCUGUUCAAAGCAAUAUCUCUAUGCCUAUACCAGCUUCAUUGAUUUCCACAGAACAUGUUUCAACUGAACAGUUAGCUAAUGAACACCUAACCUCUGACCCAGCAACUACUGUACCUGUUCAAAGCAAUAUCUCUAUAUCUGUACCAGCUUCAUUGAUUUCCACAGAACAUGUUUCAUCUGAACAGUUAGCUAAUGAACACCUAACCUCUGACCCAGCAACUACUGUACCUGUUCAAAGCAAUAUCUCAAUGCCUGUACCAACUACAUUAACUAGAGAGCAAGCAACUACUGGUUACAUACCUACAAGCGCUACUUUCAAUACCACAGUGCAUGUUUCUACUGAACACACAAGCUCUGAUCAAGCAAUUACUGAACCUGUUCAAAACACUCCUACAUCUGUACCAGUAAUAUUCACUACCACAGACCAAGUGACUACUAGUUACAUACCUACAAGUACCUCGACUGCACCUGUCCAAAAUAAUCCCUCAUCGUCUGUACAAACUACAUUCAACACCACAGAACAUACUUCACCAGAACAGUUAACUACUGAACUCCUAACCUCUGACCCACUGACUACUGUACCUGUUCAAAACACCCCCUCAACACCUGUACCAACUACAUUCAACACCACAGAACAUACUUCAACUGAACAGUUAACUACUGAACUCCUAACCUCUGACCCACUGACUACUGUACCUGUUCAAAACACCCCCUCAACACCUGUACCAACUACAUCCAAUACCACAGUGCGUGUUUCCACUGAAGAGGCAACUCCUGAACGCUCAACCGCUAACCAAGCCACUACUGCUUACUUACCUGAAACAACUGUACCUGUUGGAAACACUCCCUCAACACCAGUACCAACUGCGUUCAAUACCACAGUGCAUGUUUCUACUGAACUCCUAACCUCUGACCCACUGACUACUGUACCUGUUCAAAGCAUUAUCUCAUCGUCUGCACCAACUACCACAGAACAUGCUUCAACUGAAAUGUUAACUACUGGUUACUCAACUAGAGAGGAAGCAACUACUGGUUACUUACCUACAAGUGCUUCUGCUUCAAACGUCCAAAACAGUCCCUCAACACCAGUACCAACCCCAUUCAAUACCACAGAACAUGCUUCAACUGAACAGUUAACUACUGAACACCUAACCUCUGACCCACUGACUACUGUACCUGUUCAAAACACCCCCUCAACACCAGUACAAACUACAUUCAACACCACAGAACAUACUUCAACUGAACACCUAACCUCUGACCCACUGACUACUGUACCUGUUAAAAAACCAACUGCAUUCAAUAUCACAGUAAAUGUUACUAAACAGUUGACUACUGAACUCCUAACCUCUGACCAAGCGACUAUUGUACCUGUUCAAAACAAUAUCUCUAUAUCUGUACCAGCUUCAUUGAUUUCCACAGAACAUGUUUCAUCUGAACAGUUAGCUAAUGAACACCUAACCUCUGACCCAGCAACUACUGUACCUGUUCAAAGCAAUAUCUCUAUAUCUGUACCAGCUUCAUUGAUUUCCACAGAACAUGUUUCAUCUGAACAGUUAGCUAAUGAACACCUAACCUCUGACCCAGCAACUACUGUACCUGUUCAAAGCAAUAUCUCAAUGCCUGUACCAACUACAUUAACUAGAGAGCAAGCAACUACUGGUUACAUACCUACAAGCGCUACUUUCAAUACCACAGUGCAUGGUUCUACUGAACACACAACCUCUGAUCAAGCAAUUACUGAACCUGUUCAAAACACUCCUACAUCUGUACCAGUAAUAUUCACUACCACAGACCAAGUGACUACUAGUUACAUACCUACAAGUACCUCGACUGCACCUGUCCAAAAUACUCCCUCAUCGUCUGUACAAACUACAUUCAACACCACAGAACAUACUUCACCAGAACAGUUAACUACUGAACUCCUAACCUCUGACCCACUGACUACUGUACCUGUUAAAAAACCAACUACAUCCAAUACCACAGAACAUACUUCACCAGAACAGUUAACUACUGAACACCUAACCUCUGACCCACUGACUACUGUACCUGUUCAAAACACCCCCUCAACACCUGUACCAACUACAUUCAACACCACAGAACAUACUUCAACUGAAAUGUUAACUACUGGAUACUUACCUAUACGUGCUUCUGCUUCAAACGUCCAAAACAGUCCCUCAACACCAGUACCAACCACAUUCAACACAACAGAACAUGCUUCAACUGAACAGUUAACUACUGAACACCUAACCUCUGACCCACUGACUACUGUACCUGUUCAAAACACCCCCUCAACACCAGUACAAACUACAUUCAACACCACAGAACAUGCUUCAACUGAACAGUUAACUACUGACUAAAAUACAGUAGAAUAGAAUACAGUAUAUACAUAUGAGAUGAGU